ACGCUGUGGUUCUCUUCACUUCCUGUUAAAUUAUGCUCAACAGAAACAGCUACAUGUGAAACACAGACAAAGCUCCCGGACAUUAUUUCACUAGAGUGAGAAAAUGGAUGACUUCUCAGCCAGCUCAUGAAGAGUUUUCCCCAGCUGAAAGAGAUGGCGUAGAUCAAAGCACUGUAACAGCCAGAGGAGCUGCCAUGGACAUCCUGGCUGGAAUAGAGCUCGCCCCAGUGAAAGACUUUGACCGAAAAGUGGAGGUCAGAGCAGAGAAACGCGAACACCUGCGAGGACGUAACAACGCGACUUCAUGUCGCAGCCCUACGAGAGAGUUAGACACAAGACUGAUCAAAAAUGAACUGAAAAAAAAGAGGCAGCUGGAAUUUCUGAGGAGGAGAUCAGUGAGCCCAGAGCUGUGUGGUCCGUCUUCAAGGAUAAAACCUUCACCGAGGACAUUCUCAGUGACACGUCACAGUUCAAGCAGCAAGUUACAGACAUUUCAUUCAAAUAUCCAAACUACUCCCACCGCUAAUGGACAUCCAAAGAUGAUUUUAACACCAGACAGCGGCGAAAUGGAUGGUCCCAGCAGCAGCACAUGGGCUUCAUUAUGGCCAGAGCAGGUGACACUGAUGAGGCAAGAGAAAGGCCAUUCAAGGAAGCAAGCGUCUACCUCCACAACAGUGACAAUGGAGUCAAAGCAACACAGGACGAAUAGAGAGAAAAGUAUUAAUGCUCAAAAGACAAACAUCAAAACAUUGAUCCGAACAGAAAAUAUUCAGCAGAAAUCCUCCCACCAAACUGAAAAUAUUCUCCAAAAAAAGACACUUCGGGAGGCCGGUGUCCAGACAGAGUCUGGCCUCGUCACCGUCAAAGAAUCAGAUGUCAAGCGGUUAGCUGACUACCUGCAGGAGGCUCUGUGGCGAGAGGAGGCCAUGAAGAAGAAGCUGGCGGCCCUCCAGGAGAGCACGUCAAACCUUCUCAACUCCUCAAACAUAGUGUGGACGGCUCGCUGCAGUGAAGACCUGCUGAGAAACAAGAUCAAGGUUCUAGAGUCGCAGCUGCAAGUCUGCCUUCAGAAGUUUCCAAAAGAUGGAGUGAAGAAACUAGUGGUACAGAUGGAGAAGCAGAAGCUGAUAUAUGAAGAGAAAGCCCUGGUGGCCCUGCAGAAGGCCACACAGGAGAAAACUGAAGCUGUCAGCAAGGCCGAGACACUGCAGGGAUCGCUAAUUACAGCCAAGGCAGAGGCACUGAGGUGGCAGAGCCUGUAUGAAGAGCUGAAGCUGAGCUCUGGACAACUCAGGGAGAACCAGCACCUCAGUAAUGAGCAGCUGCAACAGCUGCACAGCCAAGUGGAGCUAUCCAGAGCCAGAGAGGCCGGGCUGAGGGAGGAAGUGGGGUUGUUACGACAAGAGAAGAAGGACCUACAGUACAACAUUCGCCUGCUAGAAGAAGAUAACCAGGUUUUAAGAGAGGAAAGCGAGCAGCUUAGAGUAGAUGGCGACAAUGAGAGCCAGGACUUCAUGAUGCAGGACUGUCUGACGUCAGAGGAAGCAGAGUCACAGCUGACGCCGAGGAGAGACACUCAGGCGGAGGAGCAGCUCCGUUACACUGAGGAGAAACUCCGGCUCAAGGAGAGAGAGGUAACGUUGGGAUAUCAGAGUUCACUGCGGCACAUCCACAACCUCCAUGUUUUGUUUGAUUCAGCGCUGCCGCACAGUGUGAGGAGCUGCAGACAGAGCUGCAUGCCAUGGAGCAGGAGUGUCAAUCCAGCCAGGCCCGGCUGUCGCAGUGCAGGGACGAACUCCGGCAACUCAGCCACAGACGCAGGAAACCGACUCCAUCUGGCUCCUGGUGGAGGGUGUUUAUGUUCUUCCUUCUCCUCCUCGCUGUGGCGGGGGUUGCCAUGUUGUGGCUGUGGCAUCCUCCUUUCAGGGAGCAAGUUGAAGACCUCUACUCAGACAUAGAGACACGCAUAGAAGACUAUCUCUUGGAAAUGGCAUCUCCUCAACACUCAGGCUGUUUUAGACCAAUAUGAUAAUGUCAUUGCUCGGGAAUGUAAUUAUAAUUAUUUAGUUGUUGUUGUUGUCGCUGUUGUUUUAAAAUAAGACUUGUAUUGGCUGCAUAUGUUUGCAUUUCAUAUUUUAUAAAGUGUGUGGGAUGUGUUGACAUGUGGAGGAUGUGCUCCACAUGUGCACAAAGUUCAAAUACACAUGCAGUGUGAAAAAUGUGUUUUUAAGAAACUGUGAGUCAAUAAUAUCAACAGAAUAGUUAGGAGUAGAAAAAUAUCCUUUGUACUGUAAACAGCAUGUUUAGUCAACAACACCACUUUGAAUAUUAAAAGAUAUAUAUAUAUAUAUAUAUAUAUAUAUAUAUUUAACAUCCAAGUAAUCCUUUCAACUCCUGUGGGAAGGAAUUACAUCAGUACUUUGGGGAACUGGAGAGUUGUAGAUUCACUGUUGCUUUAAAAAGAGAGAGUGAGCACAAUAAAAGAGCUGUUUAGUGUUUUAUAUUAUAAGAAAUAAAAUAUACUUUUACAAA